CUCUCAAUCACACACAAUGCCCUCCCCGCGGCGGUCAGGCCGCACGACCAGCACACCAGCCGAUCGCAACUCGAGAUGGCACAACAAAUUGUCACCCCGCCAGAAGUCGCCCUCUCCCACAAACCUCUCCGACGACACUAUGCACCCUCAGUCGGGUACCCUCAACUCUCCCGAAGAAUCUCGCCAGACACGCAGAGCCACCAGAGCUCAGCACACACACUCCGACGACGUCGAUCAACAGAGCCAGCCCAAUGACGCAGAGGAUGCCGACGGCGACGACGAGAUUACCCGCUGUAUCUGUGGCCUACAAGACUACCCAGACNAACGCUACUCGCGCUACCUACCCGUCAUGAAGCCCGAACCCAAGAGUGCACGGAAAUCCUCCCUCACAAAAGAAACAGAGUCGGCAAAAGCUCGUAGAGAACAACGAGAAAGCCAAAACAGAGCCAGCGUGGAGUCGUCAACAGGCAAGAGGAGGUCUACAAUGAACAGCCGCCAGGCCUAUGACGACGAAGAGACAUUACGUCGAAUCAUCGAAGAGACCAAGGAUGUCGGCGAGUCAACCCCAGCAGUGCGCAAGGGAAAGCGCGGACGAGACGACAGCGAAGACUCCAGACACGAAAUCAAGCGCCAACGGACGGGUUCGGAAUCGCCCAAUCCUCCAUCGACCUUCAACACGGGCUCGUUGGACGCAGAUUCAGACGACGACGGCACACACCCCAAGUCGAACAAGAAAGCACGUAGUGCAGCCGCCGAGGUCUUGAGACAAAGAGAAGCUAGAGAACGUGAGCGCAUGCGUGAUGAGAAGCGCAAAGAAGCUGCAGGAAGACGAAGCGAAAGAGCUGGACGAAGGAGAGCAGAUGGUACGCUGGACCAAGACGACGAGCAAACAAGACCAAUUGGAUUGACUAUUCACGCAGAGUCAGAUCCGCUUGACGACACACCGAGACCCAUGGGUACACCCAUUCUGCCUGCAUCACAGNCCUCCCAGCCCGCCUGCUUCAGCGCCACCGAUGGCCCCAGAAAGUUCACACAAGAAGGGCACGGCCAAGAAGCAGAAACGGCUAGGUCGCAACCAAUACUCGGCAGCGAAAGCNCACUUCAAAUCCUACAGAGGCCACUUCAGUCAACCCGAACGCCAGCAGUGGCGAUGACCCAACGACCAACAGCACGUCCGACUCCAAGAACAGCCCCAGCAGCAACAACGAAACACCCGCCANUAGCCACAUCCGCACCUCCUGCCAAACCAAAACCCGGCAAAUGGGGCGGUCGAGCCAAGAACCCGCGACAAGCCGCCAUCCAAGAAGCCGAGAUUGUCACCAAAGAUAACCGCGAGAACAAGAGUCAAAUGACCAUAACCGACAUGAAGAAACGGACAGGCAUGAUGAUGGACUACAUCGUAAAAGCACAGGUCGACAUGGCCGGCGACCGCACACCACUGAAUGCUCAACUGCAAGCCGAGCAAUCUGCCGACUUCAAGGAGCUCAGCAGUAGGGAGAUGAUGGACGUCUUGACCAGACACAUCAUGACAUGGCAANAGGAAUAUGCAGGCGAAGCUGCUACAACCACCACUGCCUCUUCGCUCGUCGUA